UCCGCCCCAAACAUACAUUACAGCAUAAAAGGACAGUUAUUCUACCUAACAACCUCUACCAGCUUUAUACUAGAGACCAAGGAUCAUGGAUGGUGUUGAGACCAAAGUACCAGUUGAAAACCCUGUAUACCCUCCACAACAGCAGGGAUACCCUCCACAGCAAGGUUACCCUCCACAACAAGGAUAUCCUCCACAACAGGGUUAUCCUCCACAACAAGGAUAUCCCCCACAACAAGGCUACCCUCCACAGCAGGGCUAUCCUCCACAGCAGCAGCAAGGAGGAUAUCCCCCACAAGAUGUUCCCCCACCUUACACUGGAGCACCAGUCCCACAGCAGCAACCUGUAGUCACACAACAAUCAACAUCAAAUGUUGUAGUGGUGACUUCUCAACCAACUCCUGCUGUUGUUCACACUGUUCAAAGUGUUGGGGACUAUUAUCUAACACUCUCCAUCAUACUCACUUUUAUUUGCCUCUUCUGUGGUACUUGGUAUUCACUCUUUUGCACAAUACCAGCCAUUAUUGUUGCUUCAUCUGCUCGUACUUCAGCAAGUCAAGGUGACCUUGAAUCAGCAAAUUCCAAAGGUCGUGUAGCUCUCAUUUUAAACAUAGUUGCCUGUGUCUGGUGGGUCGCAGUGUUGAUAAUUUUAAUAUCUAUAAUAGCAGCUGGCGGCAAUAACUAACAAGAAACUGCUUUAAACCAAGCUACAUUAUAUAAAUCGCAUUUGUUUUAGCAUUAGUAUUUUGCUUAGUUUUAUGAUACUAAGUAUUUUUUAAAUAUAAACACGCCUUGUUAGUACUAUCACACACACACACACACACAGUUCUUUACUACUUUGAUUCUUGGAAACAGUGAAUAUCAUUUAAGCAUGA